AUAAAUUAUAAGAAACUUGUUGAUGAUUACCCAGCUGGAAGUUGAGUAACUCGAGAUAAUGUUUAUACUUGCCAUAUCUCAGCCUAAUGCUUAUCAGCACAGUAUGAAUGACAUACCAUCACGUCUUGAUACGUACACUGUAUAAUGUAAGCAAAACCAUGGACGGUAGAAUGAAGUUUAUGAAAGCAAAAAAUGCAUGAUUUAGUUUAAGGUUUUGAAAGAUUUAGUUAUUUUUUGUUUGUGUUAUCACAUUGUGUUAGUGGAAUGAAAAUCUGCGGGGAAAAGUUUUGUUUUGUGAGUUCUUAACUAGGAAUAUGGGAGGAAAGUGUACAACGUUGUGAGUUGUUGUGAAAAUUUGAAUGGAUUUAUGCGUAGAUGAAUGGACUUGAGUAUAUAACAGUAUUUCCGUGUGAACGUAAAAAAAAUACAACAGAGUAAAAACGUAUCAAUCAGUUCUAUUCUGAGAAAAUAUUUUCGGAUAUAUAAACAUAAUUAACUGAUGAAGGAAUGUGGAUUUUUGUGCAGCGUUAAAUACUCUUGCAGAUGGCAAAGUUGCAAAAACUAAGUCAAAUUUAAUAGAAGAAUGCAAAAACUUUUAACGGUUUUGAUAGGCCCAUGCAUUUCUUCAUUAUAAACGCAUUCCUGCCAAUGGCUUUCUAAUAGACGAAACUUUUAAAGUAUCUCAUAUAAAAACAACAACAACAACAUAUCACUAUUACCAGGAGAUUCCGCUUUUACCAUAAAACAAUUCUGUGAUAAAAGUAUUAAAAUUUUCAACUAAGAUGGCAUUCCAUUUCUGUAUAAAGAUUCUAUGUACAGUGUUUUUGGUAUUUAUACUCUUCAACGGACAAUCGGACGCCCGACGACGGCGGCUACGACAGUAUCAGAACGACGGAUCCUCUCUGACAGGGUCGAAUGUCUGUGGAGGCAGUAGAAGUCGACAGUGUUGUAGGGGAUGGUCGGCACAUCCGGGCGGUAGGAGGUGUAUAGUUCCAAUAUGUGUUGCGGGAUGUGGUAGCGGAGGUAUAUGUAUGAGGCCGGGCAUGUGUUUAUGCGGAACUGGUCAGAUAUCUCCGUAUUGUGGCUCUAAGACGUCGGGAGGAGGAACAUCGUCUUUAUGUAAUCCACCGUGUAAGAACGGUGGCGUAUGUGUGGCACGAAACCUCUGCAGAUGUCCUUCCGGUUUCUCCGGCGGAUCAUGUGACAACGAUUUAAGAACAGGUCCAUGUUAUACUCAACUCUCAAACAACAUGUGCCGAGGUGCGCUUCCUGGCGUCAUCUGUACGAAACAUCUAUGUUGCUCCACUCUCGGCAUGGCAUGGGGAGAUCCCUGUGAGCAAUGUCCAGCCAAUCCGCACCCUUGUAAGAGAGGUUACAUAUUGAAUAUACAGAAAAACACGUGUCAAGAUAUAGACGAAUGUAAAGCUAUCCCUGGGUUGUGUCCGAGUGGUAAUUGUAUAAAUACAGUCGGCUCGUACGCCUGCCAGUGUCAGGACGGACAGACGUUAAACAGAAUUACUGGUGUAUGCGAAGAUAUAAAUGAGUGUUUGACACAAAGAGACAUUUGCGGCGCUGGUCAUUGUACUAACACAGAAGGGAGCUAUUUUUGCACAUGCGAACCUGGGUACGAGCUCUCUCCAGAUAAAACAACAUGUAUAGCUGUGAGACGGAAGUACUGUUUCACACGUGUGAUAAGUGGCAGAUGUUCGAACGCUUUGUCAACCCAACAAUCUCUGACAGACUGUUGUUGUGGUGCCGGCAAAGGUUGGGGUGAUGACGAACGGUGCCAGAUAUGCCCUGAGAAAAAUUCAGAAGCCCAUGUGAAACUUUGCCAAAGACCCGAACCUCAGACCAGAGUGUGUUCGUUGUUUCCCAACUUGUGCAAGAAUGGCCGCUGUGUCGACACAACAUAUUCCUACAGAUGUGAAUGUUACGAGGGGUUUCGAAUAUCCGAUGAUGGUUCGGAAUGCUUGGAUGUGGAUGAGUGUUCCAUACAGUCUGGUCUUUGUCUGAAUGGAGAAUGUAUCAAUCUACCCGGAAGUUACGAAUGUCAAUGUCGUGAAGGGUUCGUACUAGCACCUGGUGGAAGAUACUGUACCGAUAUGAAUGAAUGUGCAGAGAAGAAUAUGUGUCCAAAUGGAGUUUGUAUAAAUAUGGAUGGGACGUAUAAGUGCCAGUGUAACAGGGGCUUCAAACAGUCGGCAAACCAGCAAGUCUGCACGGACAUAGAUGAAUGUACAGAGAAUGGGCGUGUAUGUCUAAAUGGACAAUGCUUGAAUACACCAGGCAGCUUUAGAUGCAUUUGUGAUGAAGGCUAUAGGUUAUCACCAGACGGAGCUUUCUGUCUCGAUGACAAUGAAUGCCAGACCUCAGGCAUGUGUGCUAAUGGGAUGUGUAAGAAUCUCAGAGGAAGUUAUAAAUGUAUCUGUAACACAGGCUAUAUCCUAUCACCAGGUGGAGAAGUUUGCAUAGAUAUUGAUGAAUGUAGUAGCCAGCCUGGUAUCUGCGUUAAUGGAGAAUGUAUCAACAACCAGGGUAGCUUUAGGUGCCGCUGUGCUCAAGGGUUCAGUCUCGGACCAGACAGACGCACAUGCCUUGACACAAAGAAAGAUUUAUGUUUCAUGCAAUACAGUCGAGGUGUAUGUAGCAGCCCAUCUCGCAUGUUGGCCACCAAAUCACAAUGUUGCUGUAUGGUUGAUUCCAUGGAUCCACCUGGUAUAGCUUGGGGACGGGAUUGCGAGCAGUGCCUGUCCAUGUCUGAUCCUGGGUACAAAAUUUUAUGUCCUAAUGGACCUGGGACUGAUCAUAAUGGAGGAGAUAUAAACUAUUGCGCAAUGAGAGGAGAUCUGUGCCAGAAUGGAGCCUGUGAGAAUAUACCACGUGGAUAUAGGUGUCGCUGUAACCCUGGUUACCGUCCUGAUUCAUCGGAAAGAAGAUGCCUUGAUAUUCAGGAAUGUACAGAAAAUACCCGACUAUGUGAAGGUGGUCAGUGUAGGAACACGCCUGGUUCCUACUAUUGUGUUUGUCCAGAUGGUACCAGACUUAAUGUUGGAAAUCAGAUGUGUGAAGAUAUUGACGAGUGUGCAUCUUCACCAUGUAUUGAUGGAACCUGUCUUAACAUUGCUGGUAGCUUCCGGUGUAAAUGUAGGCAUGGUUUCAUGCUAGAUUCAACCGGAAAAAUCUGUAUAGACAAUAGAAAGGGUUCAUGCUGGAUGGAGAUAAGGAAUGGCGAAUGUGAAUCUAAUGUAAAGCAGAGAAUGACCAUGGCCGAGUGUUGUAGCACUAUAGGAAAAGGUUGGGGAAGUCCGUGCCAGGAAUGUUCUACCUUACCACCAUCGCCAUGCAGGCCAGGAUAUAAACUGGAAGUUAGUGGUUGUGAAGAUGUGAAUGAGUGUCACUUAUUCCAGGGAUUAUGUAGAGGAGGUGGCACCUGUGUGAACACAGAAGGAUCAUUUACCUGUACUUGUCCACCAGGCAUGGAGAUAGAUUCAUCAAGAAGAACAUGUAUAGAUAAAAGAAAGUCAACCUGUUACCUUGACUACAGUCGUGGUAGAUGUCACCGAGGACUAGAGGGAUUGUUUAGUCGUUCUGUGUGCUGCUGUUCUGUUGGUAAAGCCUGGAGCCAGCAAUGUGAACCGUGCCCGGUAGCCGGCUCUGAGGACUAUAAAGCAUUAUGUGAGGAGGGUGGAACUAUUAUUGGACCGGAUCAUCCGGUUGACAUUAAUGAGUGUCAGGAAAUACCAGGUAUCUGUACGAAUGGAGAGUGUCGUAAUACUGUCGGGAGCUUCACAUGUACAUGCAACCCAGGUUUCGCUCUAGAUGCACGGGGAAUAAAUUGUACUGAUAUUGAUGAAUGUAGGAUAUCUUUCGGUAUUUGUGCAAAUGGGCGAUGUGUUAAUACACCUGGAGCUUUCCGCUGUGACUGUAACUCGGGAUACAAUGCUGUCAUGAUGGAACAAAUGUGCAUGGAUAUAAAUGAAUGUGAGGAAAACCCAUCUCUAUGUAGAGGAGGGGCAUGCAUCAACGAGCAAGGGGCCUACAGAUGUCAGUGUCCUGAUGGGCUAGAGCUCUCCAGAGAUGGUACAGAGUGCCAUGAUGUUGAUGAGUGUUCAGCAAGCAGUAGUAUCUGCUCCCAUGGUUUCUGUGAAAACUUCAUGGGUGGUUACCAGUGUACAUGUAGUCAGGGAUUCAGACCAAAUACUCUCAGAACAACUUGCCUUGAUAUUGAUGAAUGUUCGGAGAGAAAUGGCGGAUGUGAAAUGUUGUGUAUAAACUCACCUGGCAGUUUUGCUUGUGGCUGUGAGCAGGGGUACAUACUGCAACCAGACGGACGGACAUGCAAAGAUUUUGAUGAAUGCAUAGAUGACUCUGAGAUUUGUAGUGGUGGUAAAUGUACAAAUAUACCAGGUGGAUAUAGAUGUACCUGUGUUGGUGGUCUGAGACCGUCUGAUGAUCUGAAACAAUGUAUAGAUGUAGAUGAGUGUUCUGAACAGAGGAGAAUGUGUGAACGUGGACGUUGUGAAAACACUCAUGGAUCAUAUAAAUGUUUAUGUGACAAUGGCUAUGCUGUACAGGGGUCAUCUACUACAUGUACAGAUAUAGAUGAGUGUAAAACAGGAGAUGAUCUAUGUGCUGACGAUGCUUUCUGUUAUAACACACAGGGUACAUACAAAUGUGACUGUAAAUCUGGAUUUGAGGGGGAUGGAUUCUCUUGUAGAGAUAUCAAUGAAUGUAGAAGAGACAGAGUUUGUGCAGCGGAGGCUGUGUGUAUGAAUGUACCUGGCAGUUUCAACUGUGUCUGUGGUGAUGGUUUCACCGGUGAUGGAUACAGAUGUCAAGAUAUAGAUGAGUGUACAUUGAACAGUAAUCUGUGUGAACAUGGUAGAUGUUAUAAUUUACCUGGAAGUUUUAGAUGCACUUGUAAUAUGGGCUUUGCACUGUCAGAGGAUGAAAAGGCUUGUGAAGACAUAGAUGAAUGUAUAAUGUUCCCAAACCUGUGUGUAAAUGGUGUGUGUCAGAAUCUUGAUGGGUCUUUCCAGUGUAACUGUAGACAAGGCUAUGAACCUGAUGUUACUGGUGGUAACUGUACAGAUAUAAAUGAGUGUGAUAACCCAGAGAACUGCUUGUAUGGUUACUGUAUUAACAGUAUAGGAAGUUAUACUUGCGAGUGCCCACCAAACUUUGUACUCAAUCCAUCAGGGACUGGAUGUAUUGAUGACAGACGUGGAUUCUGUUACCUUGACGUAAGACAGCAGCGAAGAUCAGGCCGUUGUAGCAAGGUUAUAGCCAAUGAUGUAACUAGGGCAACCUGCUGCUGCUCUAUAGGUAGAGGCUGGGGUGAAUCUAAUGGAUUUUGUGAUCUUUGUCCAAGAAAUGGCACAGAUGAAUAUAAGAAGCUGUGUAUUGCAGAAAAUGGUUUUGAACCUAAUCCAGACACUCUUCUACCUGAAGAUAUUGACGAGUGUAAUGAUUUUAUUGGUGUGUGUAAGAAUGGGGAAUGUAUUAACACAUUUGGAAGUUACACAUGUGUGUGUCCUGAUGGGUACAGACUGGAUGACAAUACACUUGACUGUGUUGAUAUAGAUGAAUGUGUAGAUUUCCCAGAUUAUUGUGGACUUGGUACAUGUGUAAACAGUCCUGGUAAUUUCUCCUGUCUCUGUCCGGAUGGAUAUAUGCCAAUGCCUGGAGAAGGCUGCAUGGAUAUGAGGAAAGACAUUUGCUAUGCAGCUGUAUUUAAUGGUACAAGACGUGGUGAUCCACCAAGAUGUGAGUACCAGUUGUCGACACAGGUCACUAAAAGACAAUGCUGCUGUAAAGAUAACAUAGGUCAGGGAUGGGGAACACCCUGUGAACUUUGUCCGGUGAAAAAUUCUCGUGAAUACUUAGAUCUAUGUAAACCAUUGCCAAUAAGAGAGGAUACGAAUGAAUGUGCUAUCUACCAGUUCCUGUGUGAGAAUGGACGAUGUAUAGAUACCAACACAGAUGAGGGAUAUUUGUGUGAAUGCGGACAGGGGUUUGUGUACAACAAAAUCAGCAAGAGAUGUGAUGAUGAAGAUGAAUGCAGGGGUAGAAGGAAUCCAUGUCAAGGAAAUGCUGUCUGUACAAACACAGUGGGUAGUUACAGGUGUGACUGUAUACCGGGCUAUGAACUCUCGUCUGAUGAAAGGAGAUGCACUGACAUUAAUGAGUGCGAGGACGUUGCAGGUAUAUGUGCAAAUGGAGAAUGUAUCAAUCUGGACGGAAGUUUCAGUUGUCGAUGCAAACAAGGCUUCCGUCUCACCUCGUCAAGAGAUGCUUGCAUAGAUGUUGAUGAAUGUACAUUACAACCAGGAUUAUGUAGAAAUGGAACAUGUGACAAUAAAAUUGGAGGUUAUGAGUGCAACUGCAAUCCAGGAUUUAAAUUGUCAGUCAAUCAGGAUUGUGAAGAUAUAGAUGAAUGUAGGAAUUAUAUAGGGAUAUGUAUGAAUGCUAGAUGUUUGAAUACACAGGGUAGUUUCCUAUGUGAAUGUUUACCUGGAUACACUCAUGCUUCAGACAGGAUGAAUUGUAGAGAUAUUGAUGAGUGUUCCGAGAUAUCUGGUAUAUGUAGGAAUGGAUUUUGUUCUAACAACGACGGCUCGUACCAGUGUACAUGUUUUGAUGGGUACAGGUUGUCAUCUAAUGGGGAAUCGUGCAGAGAUAUAAACGAAUGCCGUACAAUACCAAAUAUUUGUGCUAAUGGAAGAUGUAUAAAUGAAGAGGGUAGUUUCAGAUGUCAGUGUCCCUCUGGCUAUGUCUUGUCUGAAGAUGGAAGAAGCUGUAUUGAUUUACGUCAAGGAAAUUGUUUCCGUGUAUUUGAGAGAGGAGUGUGUCAGGACCCGAUACCUGUCAACAUGACCAAGUACCAGUGUUGCUGUACAACAGGUGCCGCAUGGUCACAUAUUGGCUCAGAGUUCUGUGAGGUGUGCCCAAUUAAAGGAGAAGCUGGAUUUGAAGACUUGUGUGAGGAUAUGGGAAGAGGAAAAGGUCCCAGUGGAGCUCUGAAGGUAGAUUACCAAGAUGAAUGUUUGACUAGAGAUGUUUGUGGGGAUGGUACCUGUGCCAAUACUGAAGGCAGCUUUAAAUGUACAUGUAACAAUGGGUUUGAGCCGGGCCCACAAGAAAUAUGUGAAGAUAUAGAUGAGUGUUCCGGACCACUGAAUCAGUGUGCUUUCCGAUGUUUCAACACUAAAGGGUCAUUCCGGUGCAUUUGUCCAAUGGGAUAUCAGGUAGCUUCCGAUGGCAAACACUGUGAAGACGUAGAUGAGUGUUCCACACCUGCCAAUAAAUGCAGAUAUGCAUGUAAGAACUUGAUUGGCUCAUUUAUGUGUAUUUGUCCUGAAGGCUUCAGAGAAACUGGCAGAGAUCAGUGUACAGAUAUAGAUGAAUGUAGAGAGAACCGAGAUUUGUGUAAGCCUGGAUUUUGUCGGAAUGCACAGGGUGGUUACAGAUGUAAUUGUCCUCGAGGUUACAGACCAAGUACAGAUGGGAAACGGUGUGAGGAUCAUAGAGAGGAUUAUUGCUACAUGGAGUUGAUAUCUGGCAGAUGUAGACCUUCUAGAGAUACUCCACGGUCCACACACACCAGUUGUUGCUGUGGUGGUGGUAAAGCAUGGGGUCGGAGGUGUGAAAUCUGCCCACAACCUGGAACUGCGGAAUACAAAAGUCUGUGUCCAAGAGGUGGAGGAUAUGAUCCUGAUGGUACUGAUAUUGAUGAGUGCCGUAUGUACCCAAAUCUAUGUCAGAAUGGCAGAUGUUUGAAUACUGCAGGAUCUUAUAGAUGUGUCUGUACACAAGGCUAUAAAUCUGACAGUGUUACUGGACAGUGUGUUGAUAUGAAUGAAUGUGAAGAUGGUCAAGCUUCGUGCACACAUUUGUGUCAGAAUACAGAAGGUUCUUACAGGUGUACUUGUCGCCCAGGUUACGUCCUUAACAUGGAUGGGAGAACAUGUAGAGACAUAGACGAGUGUGCCACUGGACAGCACAACUGCCCACAUGAAUGUACAAACACUGAGGGAGGAUUUGACUGUGGAUGUCCUGAGGGUUACACACAGGACAGGAAUAAACAGUGUAUAGAUAUUGAUGAGUGUUCAGAACAGCGCCAUCUAUGUUCCCCUGGUGGUCAAUGUAGGAAUACAAAGGGAGGCUACAUGUGUGUAUGUAACCGAGGGUACAAACUGGAUUCCACUGGACAAAAAUGUAUAGACAUCAAUGAGUGUGAAGAUGGCCAUUGUGAAAACUUAUGUGAAAAUAGUGAAGGUGGAUUUUUCUGUGGAUGUCCAGAGGGUUACACAGAAUACUUGUUACAGUGUGUUGAGAUAGAUGUCUGCAAUAUUCAGCCAUGUGUAUUUGAAUGUGUACCAGCUGGUGGUGAGUUUAUGUGUGGAUGCCCUCCUGGCUAUCAGAUGAUUGGACAAGGGCAUUGUAUACAGACUAUCUCACCAGCAGAUUACAGCUCCAUGUUUCCACCGGGGACAGAGCUACCACAUGAUAAUGCCCUGGGUACUGGAGAGCUACCCACAGGAGAGGGCUGUUAUUCUUGUAACAUUGAAGAUGCUCCGCUAGAUGUACCUCUGUCUAAAAGAAGUAAACGAAGUGCCAAUGGAAAUGGAGUUGAGCGUAUCAUCAACAUUGAGGAAUUUACAGAAUGGAGAGGUGAUGAUGACGACAAUGAUGAUGAUGACGAUGAUGAAAGUUAUGAAUCUCUUCUACAGCGUACUGGAGAUGUUGUAGUAACUGAUAUAAGAGGAAGUCCACAUAAAUUCCGACCAAGUAUUCUUAAAGUAGUCAAACGGGAGGCUGUGCGCCAAAAGGGUAAUCAGUUAAGGCGCCACAAGUCAAGGAAACACAAUCUGGUUCAGGACAUCCCAGUGGUUAGCGCUCAGAGGUCUGUUCCAGUAUUCCUCAACUUAACGGAUGUCAGUCGUAAAACGAAACUUAUAAAAAUGUUGCCGGCCUUGGCGGCCCUUCAAGGAAAUGUUGAGUACAAAAUAACCAAUCGUGAAGACAAGCUUUUCUUUCUCAAGGAAAGGAAGGGAAUAAAUUCAUUGCACGCAAGACGUAAAAAGUUAAACAAGGGAAUGUCUUACCACAUUGAUAUUGAGGCUCAGCCGAUACACGAUGAGUCGGAAGUGAACGGACACGAAAUGCAUUUAGGGAAAUCUAUUUUUAGAUUUUAUAUUUAUGUGUUAAAUAAACCAUGUUUAGCAGAACUUGGAUAUUACAUUGAAACUCGGAUAAAAAUACAUUUUGUAAUUUGUAGCGGCACGUGUGAUUUGUUUAGAAUAUAUAAAAAAAACACCAUUGAUAUGGAAAUUCUACGUCACUUCAAUUUAAGGCGCUGUUUUCCACGAAAUGGGCGGAAAAUAGACACGUGCAUGGCUGCACUGUUGCUACUCACUGCCUGCUUAAGCCUGACCUUAGCAGCCCCAACUGAAAAUGAGGCCAAGACAAAGGUCAAAUCCGAAACCAAGCAUGUAAAUCUGCUCAUGCCGGAAGUCCAGCCUAAAAAGGCGGACACGUACUUAUGUACACCUAUGAGAAUGGGACCAAAACCAACAUAUCUUGUCGGGUUCGAGCCCCAUGCUAAUAUGGAGAUUGCUCAUCAUAUGCUGCUGUAUGGGUGCAAAUCCCCAGGGAGUAAAGGCGAUGUUUGGAACUGUGGUGAAAUGGCAUCAAAAGGCUCAAGUUAUGAACGAGGUCCGGUGUGUGGGUCGGGUGCUAAAAUCUUAUAUGCAUGGGCUAUGGAUGCACCCGCCCUCUCAUUGCCCGAGGAAGUUGGAUUUAAAGUUGGUGGAGAUACUGAUAUUGACUACUUAGUACUGCAAGUGCAUUAUAAGAAUGUGGACUCAUUUUUACCACCAAUAAACGGAAAAGACAGUUCUGGUAUAACAUUGUCAGUUACAAAUACCCCACAACGGCGGCGUGCUGGAGUAUACCUUUUAGGAACUUCCGGUAUAAUUCGACCUCAUACCGUCACAUACAUGGAAACAGCUUGUACAUAUGAUAAUGAUUUUGCAGUGUACCCAUUUGCUUUUAGAACUCACGCACAUACGCUAGGUCAGGUGACAUCAG